GCAAUAAUUCAUAGAGUUUUCUUGUGAAUUUAAACAUAAAUCAUUAAGUUUCGUGUACGAUUCAGAAAUCAGAAAAAAAAACCCAAUUUGUUCUCUGUUGAAUUCUGCAAGAGAUAAAAGUUUGAGUCUUGCAAUGGCUAAGAGUUCUUUCAAGGUUGAACAUCCUUUGGAGAGGAGACAGGCAGAAUCUUCUCGCAUCAGGGAGAAGUAUCCUGACAGAAUUCCGGUGAUUGUUGAGAGAGCAGAAAAGAGUGAUAUCUCCGACAUUGAUAAGAAGAAGUACCUCGUCCCCGCUGACUUGACUGUUGGCCAAUUUGUUUACGUGGUCCGAAAGAGGAUCAAUCUCAGUGCUGAAAAGGCCAUAUUUGUCUUUGUCAAAAACAUUCUGCCUCCAACUGCUGCUCUGAUGUCUGCAAUUUACGAGGAAAACAAGGAUGAAGACGGAUUCCUUUAUAUGACAUAUAGUGGUGAAAAUACAUUUGGUUUCCUUGAUCUUGGGAAUUAAUAAUUCAAGUUAACAAUCUGUAUU